AAGAUGAGGAUCGGGACCGCUUGAAAGUGGGGGAAAGUGCCGGCGCCUCCGCCACCGGGGAAAGCCGCUCCGCAGCGCCGAGGCCGUUAGCCACCCAAGACACCUGGGGGAGCCCGGAACAAGCACUGGGACGCGCGGCCCCGGGCAUGAGGCUGUGAAAGCCACCCCUCCCCACCCCACCCCGGGCAGCCCAGCGCCAGGCCAGCGAUCACCCAAGGACUUGACCGGCUGAGUCUUGGUCCGGACCGGACUCGCCCGGCGGCGGCCGAGAUAAGAGGCGGAGUGCAGCAGCGGGGCCCGGGGGCCCGAGGGCCGGGGGCCCAAAGGGAGGGCAGGGCGGCCCGAGUCGCCGGGGCGCUAUGAUGGUGCACUGUGCCGGCUGCGAGCGGCCCAUCCUAGACCGCUUCCUGCUGAACGUGCUGGACCGCGCGUGGCACAUCAAAUGCGUACAGUGCUGCGAGUGUAAGACCAACCUCUCGGAGAAGUGCUUCUCGCGCGAGGGCAAGCUCUACUGCAAAAAUGACUUCUUCAGGCGCUUUGGCACAAAGUGUGCAGGCUGUGCGCAAGGCAUCUCGCCCAGCGACCUGGUGCGCAAGGCCCGCAGUAAGGUCUUCCACCUGAACUGCUUCACCUGCAUGGUGUGCAACAAGCAGCUGUCCACGGGCGAGGAGCUCUACGUCAUCGACGAGAACAAGUUCGUGUGCAAGGACGACUACCUGAGCUCCUCCAGCCUCAAGGAGGGCAGCCUCAAUUCAGUGUCAUCCUGUACGGACCGCAGUUUGUCCCCGGACCUCCAGGACCCACUCCAGGACGACCCCAAGGAGACGGACAACUCGACGUCGUCGGACAAGGAGACAGCCAACAACGAGAACGAGGAGCAGAACUCCGGCACGAAGCGGCGCGGCCCGCGCACCACCAUCAAAGCCAAGCAGCUGGAGACGCUCAAGGCCGCCUUUGCCGCCACGCCCAAGCCCACGCGCCACAUCCGCGAACAGUUGGCGCAGGAGACCGGCCUCAACAUGCGCGUGAUCCAGGUGUGGUUCCAGAACCGAAGGUCCAAAGAACGCAGGAUGAAACAGCUGAGCGCACUGGGCGCCCGGAGACACGCCUUCUUCCGGAGUCCGCGGCGCAUGCGUCCGCUGGGCGGCCGCUUGGACGAGUCUGAGAUGUUGGGGUCCACUCCGUACACCUACUACGGAGACUAUCAAGGCGACUACUACGCGCCCGGAGGCAACUACGACUUCUUCGCGCACGGCCCACCGUCACAGGCUCAGUCCCCGGCCGACUCGAGCUUCCUGGCCGCGUCGGGACCCGGCUCGACGCCGCUGGGAGCGCUGGAGCCGCCUCUGGCCGGCCCGCACGCCGCCGACAACCCCAGGUUCACCGACAUGAUCUCGCACCCGGACACGCCGAGCCCCGAGCCGGGCCUGCCCGGCGCGCUGCACCCCCUGCCCGGCGAGGUGUUCAGCGGCGGGCCCAGCCCGCCCUUCCCCAUGAGCGGCGCCAGCGGCUACAGCGGACCCCUGUCGCACCCCAACCCCGAGCUCAACGAGGCCGCCGUGUGGUAAGGCCGCCGGGCCGGGCCGCCCCCGGACGCAGCCGCCCGAACCGAAACGCCGCGCUCAGGGGUUCCCUCCCGGGUCCGCACCCAGCGGCCGAGGCUCCUCGGAGGGACGCGCGGCAGGACGCGCGGCGGGGCGCCCCCGGGUCCGCCCACCCCCACCCCGGCCCGCUGCCAGGGCUCUCCGGGCGGCGCGAGCGGUGCUCGGGACCAAAGUCAAUACUGCGGAGGGUCGACAGAUUUCCAGCACGCUCUAGACUCCCCCCUGCCCCUACCACCACCACCUCUUUGGACCAACAGAGGGUUGAGACCGAGGGCCGGAGCUGGUCGUUCCCCCUCUCUGCCAUCCGAGUGGCAUUUUGGUGACCUUAUUUCUCACUCUGCUUUCCCCGUCUUUAAAACAAGAUGAUAAGAAAAAGGGAGAGAGUGAAGGGAGAGCGAGGGAAGGGAGCAAAAUGAGGAAGAGAGAAGAUGGAGCGAGCGCCCGCCGGAGAGGGCGCGAGAAGAUGGAGAGGGGAGGGGG